CAGUCACAACAUCACCUUAAUAAUUUACACAGCCAACAGCAGCAACAACAGUCACAACAGUUGUCACAACAACAACUACAGCAGCAACAUCAUCAACAACUAGGACAAAAUACCAGUGGGCAGCAACAACAGCAGCAAUCAUUGGUGCAUCAUCAACAACAGCAGCAGCAACAACAUCAACAUCAUCAAUUGCAACCACAACAACAUCAAAUUACAGCACAAAUCCAAACAAUGAAGGACCAACCGCAACAACCAAUGGCACCCAUGGCCUUUUAUCCCACAUGGCAAGCUGAUCCCUCGCAGGGUUGGCAAAACCAAUUCAUCCAACAAAUACCACAGAAUACACCCGGCAUCACAUCCUUGGACUUUCAGACACAGUCAUACGGCUAUCCAUCAAAUGGAUAUGUACAGACAGGUUUAGGAUUUGAUCCCAACUACGGACGUUCACCAUAUGGAGCCCCGGUCCAGCGUUAUGAUUUCCAGAGUCAACAGCUAUCUAGUGCGCCCAUCAAUCAGGUUGGCCUACAGGGUGUGGGCUUUGCCCCCUCAUCGGUAGCCUAUGCCGGUCAAGUGUCGACGGGGCCUAGUGCGUCCAGUUUGCAGCAGCAACAGCAUUUGGGCAGUGUCACCGAUCUCAAUAAGACGAUGUCGGGAAACGACACGCCUGGAUAUCCGCGAGUGAGCAGCGUGCCGCCGCGCUCACUCAACUGUAACGGAUAUUCAGGCGACUAUAGCGGCAGUGCUACACAACAACAACAACAACAGACUUCGAACAACACAAGUACGGCUGCUUCGACAGCAGCAGGUUCGGCUGGUAACUCUUCGAUUGCCAGCGUAAAUGGAGGUCACCAAACAAUUGCUCAUAAUACGGCAGCUUCACAGCCGGCAGCUUCCCCCAUGCAAACACCCAAUAAUCAAACAGUGCCACAGUCUCCUACACGCAGCGUCAUGCAGCAACCCCAAACGCAGGCCAUGGGCCAGCAGAAUCGUCAUGUCUCACAAUCGCCGAAUCAAGUGGCUCAAUCGCCCAAUGCAAACUUAUCCGCUCCGCAAGGCACUCAGCAGCAAUAUGGCGGCACCACAAUACCCAGUGGCCAGUCUCAAACCCAGGCUCAGAAUAAUAUCGCUUCGCCCCCACAGCACCCGCAGCCUAUGCAACAAGACUGGAAUUGGAACACUCAGCCGCAGGCAGUGUCGGACCCCUAUCAGCAAACCACUACUGGUCCUGGGGGAGAGCGUGUCAACUUAAAUACUCGCAUCAAGUCCAUGAUAAUGCGCAAGAAUGAUCCCAAGGACCCACUGUCGGCUCCACCAGAUAUACAUGGUAUGUCUGGAGCUCCUCCACCACCACUGGGUGUCGGUGGACCAAAUGGUAGCCAGCAACAACAACAGACCGGUCAUUUUUUAUCGUAUAGCCACCAUCUCCGAGGCGAUUCAGCAAUGAAUGCCAAUGGUUCGAAUGGGAGUAAUGCACCAACGGCCCAGCAGCCACAAACUCCGCAGCAAAAUCAGACUCCUCUGAAUUCUGGCUUGGCAAGCGGCGGUGCAUCUCUAGCCCCCGAACCAAUCGGAGGUGGUGGCGAUCACAUUUGGAAGCCACACCAUACGAAUUCGUUUAAGAAGCCGGUGGCGUCUGGUUUUCCAAAUGCCGAACAUCAUCAUCAUCAUCAACAACACAAUCAGCAGUCUUUAGCACAAACUCCGCCUCAGCAGCACACAACAACGGCACACAACCCCGAUCCUCCAAAAAAGUCAAGUCGUCGUAGUCGCAGCAAUCGGUCGUCAUCUUCGUCGUCGGCAGCUGCAGCCAAUGCGGCCUCGGUCAAUGCCAAUAGUGCCGACAACUCGGAUAUCGAUAAGAACAGUAACGAUCCGGGCGGUGGUCACCAUCUCGCCCACCUGGCGAACAUAAAAAUGGAAAAAGGCGUCACAUAUCCUCCGCCACCCUCUUCGCACUAUCCUCCCCAGCAUCCGGAUUAUCAUCAUGCUCCUUACAUUAAAACCGAGCCAGGACUUAUCCCCGGACAACACAACAAAAUGGAAGGCUAUGAGCGGAAUUACCAGAACUUUGUCCAGUACGCUGACUUCUGCCAGAACGAAGUACAGGGCCAACCAGGAGCCAGUGGUGCACAACAGCCCCCACCUCCCCAUCAUCAGAAUCAACAAGACUAUGCAGCUGGAUAUCAUCACAAUUCCUCGUACUACGGUUCGUCGACAACUUUUCAGCAGAGUUACCAACAGAACUUUGUGCCCAAUUACCAGCAUUCGGCAUCCGCGUUUGGAAACGCGCACGGGAUGCAUCCGCAUUCAAAUGCUCUCUCCUCAUCUGGUCACUCGAAGUCGUUAAAUGGUCCCCUGGCGAAACACCAUCCCAGUAGUCUGCAUCAUCACAGCAGUCACAUGAUGGACAUUGAUCGCAAACCGGAAACCAGCAGCAUUAUUCCCUUGCCAACCAACUACGAAAAGGAUAUUCCAGCUCACGCUUACCCCAUUCCACCGCAUCGCUAUCCCCUCGGACAUGGUUCCACGGCUCAUCCUCACUUGGGCUCAGGUCUACUUGAACCAAAAGUGGAAGACAUGAGUGGGGCCUAUGGGCCGGGCGGGUCUGGUUAUGUGUUCCAUGGCGAAGGCGGUCCGGCAGCAAUCAAGAACAGCACAGGAUUCUCUUGCUGUCGCCAGGGGGGAACUCGCGCUCCAACCGCCGAACAUCUGAAAGAUGGUUCAUGUAUUGGCAUGCAAACCAAAGACGAAAUAAUGGACGAGGAAGAAGCCCAGCCUGCUAAUCAAAAUGGUGCAAAGCCAAAGAAAAAGGCCAUCAAGCAAGAGGAGCCCAACGAAGUGACGGUGAAGCAUGAAAAAAUCAAUCCGAUGUUUGACACAUCAGAUCGUUUAGAAAAGGGUAACAAGACUGAGGUGCCCGAAUGUGACUGUUUCCAAUCGGACAAGAGUCCUCCCGAGCCCGGAACGUAUUACACUCAUCUAGGUACAGCUUCAAAUUUAGCCGAUCUACGUAGAGAGUUUGAGGAGCGAUGCCAAGUUUCGGGGCGUCAGUUACGCAUCGAAAAAAUUCUAUACACUGGUAAGGAGGGUAAAACGUCGACGGGUUGCCCUUUGGCAAAAUGGAUUAUACGACGGGCCGAUCCAGAGGAGAAAAUUUUGGUUGUUGUGAAGAAACGUCCAGGCCAUAGAUGUAUAGCGGCAUUCAUUGUAGUCUGUAUGGUUGUAUGGGAUGGCAUGCCACGCCAGGAUGCUGACAAUGCGUAUACGAAUCUGAUACCGAAAUUAAACAAGUUCGGAUUGCCCACAACACGUCGAUGUGCGACAAACGAAAACCGAACGUGCGCCUGUCAAGGUUUGGAUCCUGAAACCUCGGGAGCCUCUUACAGCUUUGGGUGUUCAUGGUCUAUGUACUACAACGGCUGCAAGUAUGCUCGAUCGAAAACCGUACGAAAAUUCCGCCUGUCCGUAAAGAGCGAAGAGGCGGCCAUUGAAGAGCACAUGAACAUGUUGGCGACCAUCUUGGCGCCACUGUUCAAGCAAAUGUGUCCACGUUCCUAUGACAAUCAAACUCGCUACGAGAAAGAAGCUCAAGACUGUCGCCUCGGCAAUAAGGAGGGAAAACCCUUCUCGGGAGUAAGUGCAUGUUUGGACUUUUGCGCCCAUGCACAUCGCGACCUGCACAACAUGCAGGACGGCUGCACCGUUCAAGUGGCCCUCUUGAAGCCAUGCAACCGAGAUAUAAGCAAUCCGGACGACGAACAGCUCCACGUCCUACCACUGUACACCAUGGACACGACGGACGAGUUCGAAAGCGCCGAAGGCCAAAGGGAAAAGCACCGCACCGGUGCUGUUCAGGUGUUGGACAAAUUUCCAUGCGAAGUUCGAGUGAGAUCAACUCCCCUGAUACCCUGUCGCAGGCACGGGAAGAAACGCAAAGAAGACGAACCGGCCGCCAUAGAAGGAGCAGAAACAAAUGCAGCAACGCCCGCACCGACUGCCUCAAGCGAUGGCAAUGCCCCGAGCACCCAGACCGCCACAACGGCCGCUAGUGCAGUUAAAAAGGAAUCCAGCAAUGGCAGCAAUUCAAAUGCCAGCUCCAACACUGGCACUGCGUCAACUUCGAAAUCUAAAUCGAAGGGUAAAAAUCAACAGUCCUCCGCCACAACUCCAGCGCCACCCCCAACGACACCUUCUCCGCGUUGUCAGACACCUGUGACGAAUAACCCCAGUCCAGCCGGUAGUGCAUUCUCAACGCCUCCCGUUAGUAAUAAUCCGAACAACACCAACAACAGCGGUAACAAUCAUUCCAAUUCAGGCUCAAGCAAUGGCAGUUCGGCCGCCGGAGGUAAUACCAAUCAACUUAUGUCGUCUAAUUCGAGUUUAAUGAAUAUGGCGACCAUGAUCGAUACCUUCACAGAUGCCCAGCUGCAAUCCAAUCAGAUUUCGAGCACGGUUUUGGACUCUCCCUAUUCGUACGACUAUCAGACGGGUUCCUAUAUAGACUCACGGAACUACUAUGGCAAUUGGCCACCACCGCCGCAUCCGCACAAUCCUCAUGCCGCCACAGCCCACAACGUGACCGCCAUGGGAGGAAGCAGUGUACCACCAAGUGGGACAACUGCCACCGCUGCCAGCAAUCCGAAUCCAAGCCCCAUGCCAACAACGCCAAAUGCUGCCGCCGGCCAUCAAACUGUCGCCCAGCAAGCUCCUGCCGGGACACAGCUCGAUUCCAAUGGUUACAACACCGCUUGUUAUAAUCAAUUGCCCACGGCCGGUAGUAAUCAGCUGACACAGGUGCACGAUGUGCGUGGCGAAGUUAAAAGUCGAGGCAGCGAAGAGAAUCCCGACUCAACGACAUUGGUAAAUAAUAGCUUGACCACAGAAAGUAAGUUAACCACUCUUACUCCUAUGGCACCAAUGACUAAUCUAACAACUCAACAUCACUCUCACCACGCUCCUCCUCCUCCACAUUCGCAUGCACCUCCACUUGAAGAAGGAUUUGUAAAGCCAAAGCCACCGACCGAUUACUCGCAGUACUCUCAGUAUCCGAACAACUACCAAAUGUACCCACCACCACACUCGGCGUACUCUGCCUAUGACGCCUACCAGAACAUGAACUACAACUACGGCUAUCACCAGGCAUACUCGCCGUAUGGCAUGUAUCCCCAGCAAACACCACCACCAACACCGCCGCCACCAUCUCCCAACUGGAAUAUGUACGGACAUCAUCAGCAGACUUCAGGGGCAACGCCGACGCCAUAUUCCGCAACACCUCUGCCGCCAUCGGCCACAGGACCCAUACACCAGACGACGUCGUUAACGGGUCCCACUAUGAAUUCAUCAUCGUCGUCGUUGUCAUCACUUCCACCGGGCCAGACAACGUUACCCAACGGAGGUGGUGGCAUUGCGCCAAACCCCAAUUUGAAGCCUGGCAAUGAUGGAAGUUUGCCGCCUGCAUCUAACACCACUCCAUCUCUUUGUGGCCCUGGAACCACCCUUUUGAAUAGCAAUACCCAAAACACGCCCAUGACAGAUCUCAGCCAAGCAACGGGCGCCACAAACAUAACACCGGACGAUACACAAGCGGGAAAUUCUAAUUCGAGCCUUACAUCGCCAGACAUGAAUACGACAAACAACUCGACGACCGCAGCGUUGACUACAGCGGCCAACAAUCCCGGUGAGAAUGCGAACUCGGCCACGACACCAUCGCCAGUAUCUGCCGCCAAUGAAGCAUCCAAUCCGGCUUCGACGACUAGCAGUAGUGCAUCCAACAAAAUCGAGCCGAUUGGUGAAAUUUCCGAUUUCAGUGAAAACCUCGAGGCAUUCCAAGAUCCGCAAAUGGGGGGAGUUGCCAUAGCACUCAAUCAUGGCAGUGUCAUGAUUGAAUGUGCCAAACAUGAAAUGCAUUCCACAACUGCCCUCAAGAAUCCCAAUCGGCACGAACCCACACGUAUGACGCUUAUCUUCUACCAGCAUCGUAACCUAAAUCGCCAUCAUCACGGCAUCGAUGAGUGGGAGGAAAAGAUGCGUGUCAAGAAAAUCAACACGGAUCUGGACAACAAGGCCAAAGAGGAAAAGGAGAAAAUCAAGAAAGAACAAAUGGGCGAAAACGAUGAAGACGAGGAUGGCGAAGAGGAGAAACCACCCGAUGUUACGACGACGCCCACUAAUACAACCAGCAAAACAACUUCAGCCAAGAAGGAAAGCAAUCAGACCGGUACCAACACCAAAUCGACCGGUGGAUCAUCAGGUGGCAAGAAAAAGAAGGAAUCUUCCGCCAAGAAGAAUGCCCAAAACAAUAACAACAACAACAACAGCAACUCGACCGAUCCAAAAAACGAGAAAGUUGCCCUCCGAGCACCCACACUAACAACAACUUCGUGGACAACCCUGUUCCCUAUGCACCCAUGUGUAGUUACAGGGCCAUAUCAGGAGGGCAACAGUAGUCCAACGUCCACGACCGUUCAACCGGGGCAGCAGCAACCACAAUCUCAACAGCCGCAGCAGCAGCAGCAGCCACCGCCAUUAACUGAACAACAACAACCACAGCCACAACCAAUGCAGACCUAA